AGCACAAGCGGAUGUUGUCGACUAAUUGGUCAGCUUCGCGUUUCGAGCUGUACACAACAACGGUUUCGAGAGCCAUAUUCAUUUAGAAGGAUUUAUGUUAUUGUAAAGACUGCCUCGUUAUUAUUAAAGGAGCUUCAUCUUAAUAAAUUCCAAUGCAAUGGCAAAUACAGUAACUUUUCAGACGCAAAUCGCUUCAGUCAUGGAAGUGCUCGCAAACGCCGCUGUUGCAGAAAUAUGCAAACUUGUUGAGGACAGCUAUACCGAAUUACAGCUUGAAAUAUCCAAAACACAGAAGGAGAACAACCUCCUUAAAAAUAAAAUCAAAAUGAUAGAAAUCCGGGAUUCGUUUCAUCGAAGAGCGCACAAACUAAGAAACGAAUCAACUGUUUUGACAAAAACAGGAGGUCACGAAAAAGAAUCAGGUCGAAUUAGUGUGAGAAUCGCUUCGCUGUCUAAUGAGGAUGAUGAUGAUGAAACCGUUUGCUCUCGUGAAGUCUCGCGUCUUCAACCCGAAACACUAGACCAGUCUGUAGAGAUUGACGAGCCAGACAUUCUCCGUAUUAAAGAGGAGAGACCUGACAACGAGAGGUGUGAGCAGUCAGAAAGAGAAACCGAGACUACUGAAAAUCAUAAAGAUGACAGCCAGUACAGGAGUGCAGGAGUCUCUGUUACAGUCUGCAGAGAUAACUUCAUAGACCAGAACACAGUCCAGCACUGCCAACAAGAAUCUGUAGAAGACGAGGAGCCUGAUUGUCUCAUUAUCAAAGAAGAGAGACCUGACAACAUGAGGUGUGAACAGUCAGAAAGAGAAAUCGAGACGACUGAAGACCAAGACACACAGUAUGAUGCAGGAGUUUUUGUAACCUUCCACAGAGAUAACUUCAUAGAUCAGGACACAGUCCAGCACUGCCAUCAAGAGUCCAAUGGGAUGCUACCUGAUCACCUUAAGGACGAAACCCCAGAAAUGAAGGAUAUAGGGGGACGUUGUGAUGGAGACUCAGAGACUAACCUGCAGCCUGUGCCUUCUUACCCCUCAUGGGUUUCCACGAGAUUUGACUCCACCACAAAUCAUCCCUCCUAUUCUGAAUCUGAAUGCAAUGGAGGACUUUCUGUGAAUCAGUACUUGAUGUACAGAGGGAGCGCAGAUCCCAUGUGUUCCUACGCAACUCCAGUAGACUCUAAUGGCUUGUCUAUGCUUGAUAUAGAAGGUCAUUUAACACACAGCGAUGAAGGUAACAACAUUUCUCGAUCCGACCGGUCCCGUUUCACACCAAACUUUUCUAUCAAACAUUCAGACUCUCCUCAGACACAAAGGAAAGACAAGUUUGUAUGUAAACAUUGUGGGAAAGCGUUCUCUCAGCUUAGCACUCUCCUCUUGCAUCAAAAAAUUCAUAACAGGGAGAAGGUUCACCACUGUACACUCUGUGGUAAGCGAUUUAGUCAGGCGUCUGGUCUCAAAAGACACCAUAGCAUCCACAGAGGAGAAAAACCGUUCAGAUGCGUGCACUGUGGCAAGCAGUUCGCAGAUCAAAGUAACCUCAGAAAACAUGUGACUGUUCACACGGGUGAAAAGCCUUAUGGUUGUAACCUUUGUGGGAAAAUGUUCAACCAGUCUUCAAACCUCAAAACACAUAUGAUGAUCCACACACAUGAGAAGCCUUUUGGUUGUGAUCGAUGUGGGCGGAUGUUUGCACACAAGUACAUUUUGGUGAAACACCAACAGAGAAUCUGUGUGUCUGCUGGACAACUCUAGGACUUCACAAGGUAGAGAAUACUCCCAUUGGUACCUAUCAUUAACUUAAUCAGCUUAAUUAACAUUGGAAUGGAAAAUGCAGUGGUGCACAUUAUUCCAAAUAAUAAAUAGGAAUCUUUUAUCAAGUGUAAUAAUCGUUUAAACUGCUUCCUACAAUCCACCUCGUUCCAUUCUGAAGACUCUUUUUAUGAUCUAAACAAUUCUCGAUAGAUAAAAUCAAGUCCCUGCAUUUUUUUUUCUCAUUGAAUAUCCUGUUUCACAGAGAAAUACAUCACAGAUUUCUGAAGUAAACUGUGUUGCGAUCAGAAUUUAUUACAAAAGUAAUAAUAAUACACACCAUAUUAAGCAAUAUUGAAUAUGGUCGAUUUAAUAUAAUUUUCAUGUGUUAAAAUUUAUAAACCAAUGAUUUUAUAUAUCACAAGCAACUGCCUCUUUUCAUAAAACCAGUCAUUUUGAUUUGGAUAGUAUAAUAUAGUGUGAGGUGUACUGACCAUUGGUUUUUAUGAUUUAAAAUUGUCAGUGUAAUUUAUAAUACCACCAUAUUUCUGUUCAGAAGAUCUAUUCAAUCUGUUGACCUGGUCAAAUCAGAUCUGAAAUUGAUUGAUUCUUAGUUCAUAUGUAUUAAAUCAUCAAGUAUGCAUAAACUUUUAUUAAUAAAUACAUCAAUCAACUGUAAACGUCAAAUCACAGACUCUGCCUAUUUGGUAGGGGUGAUAGAAUGUUAGUAUAAAGUCAAGUAGAAUAAAACAGUUAGAUGGAAAAGAAAAAUGGCUCCCACACUAACCCAAAAAUUGAUGGGUGGAUUAAAAGGGCAUCCAGCACUUGUUGGUUGUGGCAUUAGUGGAGGGAGAGAAAGUAGUUGUUUUUGCGAUUGCUGUAGUCAUGCUGUUUGUUGUAGAAGUGGUAGACAUGGAGGUGUUUGUCCUGGUGGUAACGGCAGAUGUUAUGUGAUCUUGAGCAUAUGCCAACAUUUCCAGCUCCGUCUACAGCAACCAGUUCCAUUACUCCAGAACAACAAGAGGCGCUGUAGAAUGCAAGAGUGACGUUCACACCUCCAUCCCCGAUUACGGAGGUAGUGUUGAAGGUUCCUAUUUUAAUAUAUUUUAAAAUAUAAUUCAUUCCUGUGAUGCAUUCAUGCAUUACUUCAGUCUUCAGUAAUCAUUCUAAUAUUCUGACCUGCUACUCAAGAUACAUUUCUUAUUGUCAAGUGUUGAAACAGCUGUGCCGCUUAAUAUUUUUGUGGAAAUCUUGAUACAUUUGUUUUCAGGAUUCUUUAAAGGUACAGAAAAAUAAAUCUUUGUAAGAUUUUAAA